AUGCUCAGAAUAGUCAAGGGAAGAAGUUGCUAUUCAAUGUACUUAGUACUUAAACAGUUUAAAGGCAAUAGUGACCCGAAAACUCUUGCUAAGUGGAUUGUGGAGAAGAUACAAAAACUAGGAUUGAACACUUACCGAAUAGUCAACUGCACCACAGAUGGGGCUGCAACGUGUUCUGGUCUUGACAAUGGAAUAACAGUGGAAAUGAACGCUUUGAUUAAUGUUGAAGACCCAACAAAUCUUUUAUUAAUUGAUUGUGAAAUGAAAAAUUUCUGGUGUUCAGCUCAUAGAGUUAAUUUGAUGGGCGAAUCACUCGAAAAAGAUAUCGACAUCAAAAUGGUGAAAGACAUAACAGACAAUUAUGAUGAUGUCAGCAAUUAUAUUAUCAAACCUGAAGUGCUCGAAUCAAUCACCACGGAGUUUGAAAAGAAUGGAAUCGUGAUUUUUCAAAAAGGAGCAAUAAGGCUGAAACCAAAGAAAAAGUAUGAAACAGAUAUCGUAAACAAUGAUGUUGACACUCAAUAUGAAAGAAGUGAUGAUGCAGAAGAGGCCGAAUCUGAUGAUAUGGCAUCAGUUUCUUUCAAAUUGAACAACCCAGAAAUCAAAGCUAUCUUUUAUAAAUCAAAGGAAUUCUUCAAAAUAUUGUUUAAUCUAGUCUCAUUGUUACAAGAAGCCAACUGCUUGCUUUUUGAAUACAUUGAGAGAAUGGAAAUAUUUGCUCGGUAUGUUGACGUUUUACUCGAAGAGAUAAAGACUGGAAAUUGGAGUGAAUUCAGAGAAAUCAAAGAGAUGUUGGAAACGGGAGACGUUUUCAUGUCGAGAUUAUUCAAAAGAUUGAAGGCUCAAGUGUAUCUAAGAUUCCAUCAACUUUCACACUCGGCAAACAUGUUACAUGCCAGAAGGUAUAUCAAUUAUGAUGAAGGAACUGUGGAUGACCAGGCUUUCAGAGAAAACGACAACCAUUUAUUUUAUAUGGAGUUAGUUGACUUGUUUUAUUGUCCUGACGAGAUGGCAAAAACAUCUGAUAUUCCCAGUUAUAUUCUAAAGGAUAAUAAAAUAUUGGAUGAAUCCUUUGAGAUUGAAAUAGCAACGCUUGCAGAGUAUAUGUGGCAAAGAACACAGAAAGAGCUUGAUAAAAUGUAUAAAAAUGUCAAAGAAUCGAAGUGUGAACUUCAUUGUAAGAUGAAAAGAACCACUAGAUAUCCAUUAUGUUUAUCUCUCUUAAAUAUUUAUAACAUUUUGGUGUCAUUAAAUUUGGUCAAUCUAAUGAGUGUUGUUCAUAUUUUGGUCUGUGUCUAUCCAACAACUGUUGAUAUUGAAAGAUUUUUUUUUUCUAAACUACGUCAAAUGCAAGCACAGAACAUGUUACUAAAAACUGCGUAUGAAAGACUGUAUUAUUGUUUGGAUAACGAUGUUUGUUAUUUGACUUUUUGA